GGACUGGGAAAAGGGGGCAACAUCAUGGUCGUAGGAGGUGGUAUCAGCGGAUCGGAGGCAGCAGCAAAGGCCGCUUUUCAGAUAUCGAACGCCAAAUACGGGCCUAUGGAAAACACUGAGCGGGGAAAUCGAAAGGUCUACCAUGUCCUCUCUCGUCCGUUCUAUUGUUUGCCCAGGUAUCUUCCCCUGGAUCCGUACAGUCCCGACAAGCAGGACUAUAAUAUCGCCCCCACAUUUCUGCCUCUCGACGCCUGCAUGUACAAUCUUACACGUCGACUAGAGGGCCCAAUUACUCACAUGCAUGGUCGUAUGCCUCCGGAAAGAGCUUUGAAGUCCCACCAAUUUAUUCGGUUCAUGCUUGGCGGGGACCAAAGAGACCUUGGGUAUCCCGAGCUCGUGUACAAUCAACAACAAUAGGAAUAUCCUUCCUAUACCGGCAUCGUAGAUAACUACGCUGAGUUUGUAAGACCGGAGGCCAUCAUUCCUGUUCGUGGCAGAGUCAGCCACAUGGGUACAAGCUCGAGAACUGAAACCGAUUCUGCCACCCCGAGCAGCUUUGUGAAAGCGAUAAGUGAUCCGCCUUGGGAUAUUCCUGGCCAGCCGGUUCGCAUUAUUCGACUCCGCCUACCAUGUCUGCCCCUCAUCAUUCCAAAGCGUAGCUCUUGCGCAGAUCGGCAAGCCGCUUCAUGUAGCCGUGUGAUGCUCCUUGAACUGACAGAGUCAU